UAUGAAGGGAAAUAUUCAACAAAAGACCUGGCUGGGAAAAUUGAAUUGGUCAGGGAUUUCUAUCGGUGUUGGAAUUUACCUUAUAAUUACUUUCAUCUUGUACUUGAUCAGCCGCUUCUUCUAUCGAAAACGAAAAAAGCAAGAAAAGGAAUUGGCAUUGCUUGAUAAAGUUAUUGGGUCUGCAACAGAAGAAGAUAAAAAGAAGAAAUAUGAAGAAGGAGGGAAGAAGAGGAGAGAGGAGGAAGAAAGGAAGAAGAGGGAAGCUAAAAGGAAGAGGAAAGGCCCAACUUCACUUCAUAUGGAUUCUUCCUCUGUUUUUGAAGGAAAAGAAAUUAAUACAGCCAUUGAAAUGAACAAGGCCGAGGAAAUGGAGGAGAGAAAAUUUCUUUUGGAAUGGCAGGUGAGAAAAGAAAGGGGGAAAGGGGAUAUUUUUAAGAAAAAUUAAUUUAGAUAAAAGCAAAAGAAGAAUUGAUGAAGAGCCUGAAAGACUACGAGGAUCCACUAAAAA